AAAAAAAAAAACAACCCCAAACCCCCCAGCGGAGGAGGCCGAAGGGGUCAUCGGCGUCAUUCUUCUCCUCCUAAUCAUCCUCCUCCUCCUCCUCCUCCACCCAGCAGCGUCCCCGCGGCUGGAGGAGGGAUGAAGUGUCCCCAUCUUUAGCCCUCGUCAGCAGCCACCAGGCAAGCAGGGACAGCAGGAGGACGAGGCUGGAGGUCCAUGAGGGAGGUGGUGAGGAGGUGUUGAGGAGCAGCACCAGAGCCCCAGCCUGGCAUCAGCACCCAGAGGGAUGUGGAGCCACAGAGGCAGUGGACCCUGUGACUGACACAACCCCUCCAGCCUACAGCUGAAUGGAAAGGCUGCAGAAGCAACCCCUGACCUCCCCUGGGAGUGUCUCCUCCUCUCGUGGCUCCAGCGUCCCUGGGUCGCCCUCCAGCAUCGUGGCCAAAAUGGACAACGAGGUUCUGGGCUACAAGGACCUGGCUGCCAUCCCCAAGGAUAAAGCCAUCCUGGACAUUGAGAGGCCUGACCUGAUGAUCUAUGAGCCCCACUUCACCUACUCCCUCAUGGAGCACGUGGAGCUGCCCCGCAGCAGAGAGAGGUCCCUGUCUCCCAAAUCCAUCUCUCCUCCUCCAUCGCCAGAGGUCAUCCGUGAGUGGCUGGAGAGCAGGACCCCCAGCAGCGCCCCCCAGGCCCCCUCCCGCCAGGGCAGCAGCUCCACCCGCAGCAGCGUGCAGCACUUCCACCGACCUGAGACCGACACGACGGAGCUCAACAUCUACAAGAAGCCUCCGAUCUACAGGCAACGGCAUGGGGUCGGGGGGGCACCCAAAGGUGCUCAUCUCAUCGAGGAUCUGAUCAUCGAAUCCUCCAAGUUCCCUGCAGCUCAGCCCCCCGACCCCAACCAGCCUGCCAAGAUCGAGACCGACUACUGGCCCUGCCCCCCGUCCCUGGCUGUCGUGGAGACAGAGUGGAGGAGGCGAAUGGCCUCCAAGCGAGGAGAGGAGGAGGAGGAGGACCUGACGGAGGAGAUGAAGAACCUGCGAGAGCUCCAGAGGCAGGAGCUGAGCAAGGUCACCUCCAACCUGGGGAAGCUGAUCCUGAAGGAGGAGAUGGAGAAAUCCCUUCCCAUCCGGAGGAAAACUCGCUCCCUGCCCGACCGGACCCCCUUCCACUCCUCCCUGCACUCCAGCAGCUCCAAGAGCUCCUCGCUGCCCGCCUCUGGCAGAAGCACCCUCACCCGGCUGCAGUCGGCAGAGUUCAACUCAGCAGGCAGUGAGAAGAGCAGCCCAGGCCUGCAGAUCUACCCCUACGAGAUGCUGAUGGUGACCAACCGAGGCCGAGUCAAGCUCCCUCCUGGUGUGGACAGGACCAGACUGGAGAGGCAUCUCUCCCCCGAGGAUUUCCUGCGGGUCUUCGAGAUGCCCCCCGAGGAGUUCAGCAAGUUGGCUCUCUGGAAGCGCAACGAGCUGAAGAAGAAAGCCUUCCUCUUCUGACUCCUCCUCAGCCCCCAGCCCAGCCCUCGUCACGCCGUCUAAAC